CUCUUGUGUUUUCGAUCCAGUUAUUUACUUCGUUGGAAGACAUAAUACUAUAAGAUGAAGCGAGCUAAAGAAAGUGGUGCUGUGUAUAGAAAAAAGAGAAAGGCAAGAGAGGAAGUAUUAAACAAGAAUAAAGGGGCACUCUUUAAAUACAUCAGUCGUAUAGAAACCAAAUCAUUAUCAAAUUCAAGGGAUUCAAGUUCAACUUCAAGCGAUUCGUCAACUUCAACUCCUUCAAGUGAUGAAGAACAUGAAGAAGAAAAUAUUCCGGGACCAGCUGUGGACAGAGUGGACAUAAAAGAUGUUGGCCUAUGGCCAAGCAAGAUUAGCAAUGACACACGGAUCUUUCUGGUACGUCAAGGUGCGUCUGUGGUUCAAAAUCUAGAUUCUGAUUUUGGUGAAGUAAUUCGUGAAGGUGUGUCAACCAAAGGACAAACUAGAAAACUAACACGCGAAUGGUUUUUUCAAACUCUGCCAAAUGGUGAAAGAAUGUUGAGAUCAUGGAUGGUGUACUCCCCUUCCAAGGAAGCUCUUUACUGCUUUUGUUGCAAACUGUUUAAUUCUGAGGAUGGAUUCAACAUAUGGUGGAAACUGAAUCCUAGAAUAUCCGAGCACGAAUCCAGUGCAGCUCACGUUCGGAAUUUCACACAAUGGAAGGAGUUGGAAAUUAGGAUUGCUCGUGGAGCAACAAUUGAUGUAUUUUUUGUGGGGGCACGGGCGGGGGGGGCGGCAAACUCAAGGGCCGCCCCGGGCGGCACACACUCUAGCUACGCCACUGGCUCAGAGCCUCCUUGUAGUUCAUUUUUUUCUUGCUUCGCAGCUUAGCCACCCGACACUCGUCCCUCCACAUGGGACACUCCCGGUCGGAAGAGGAGUGAGGGCCACCACAAGCUACGCAUUUCUUGGCGGCCGCUGAGCUGUUG